CAUUAGCUAGCGCUCGCUCUACUCUCUCUAACGGGGAAACAGCGGACUACAAGAGACUGAGCUGUAUCUGCCUCUAUUUCCAAUAGACUCACGUUCAACUUUCGCUCACCCACACACACAAGGCCGGGAAAAUUUUAUUAAUCCUUUUUUUAAAAAAAGUUAAUAUAAAAUUAUAGCAAAAAAAAAAAAAAGGAACCUGAACUUUAGUAACACAGCUGGAACAAUCCGCAGCGGCGGCGGCGGCGGCGGGAGAAGAGAUUUAAUUUAGUUGAUUUUCUGUGGUUGUUGGUUGUUCGCUAGUCUCACGGUGAUGGAAGCUGCACAUUUUUUCGAAGGGACCGAGAAACUGCUGGAGGUUUGGUUCUCCAGGCAGCAACCCGACGCAAACCAAGGAUCUGGGGAUCUUCGCACCAUCCCAAGAUCCGAGUGGGACAUACUUUUGAAGGAUGUGCAAUGUUCAAUCAUAAGUGUGACAAAAACUGACAAGCAGGAAGCUUAUGUACUCAGUGAGAGUAGCAUGUUUGUCUCCAAGAGACGUUUCAUUUUGAAGACAUGUGGUACCACCCUCUUGCUGAAAGCACUGGUUCCCCUGUUGAAACUUGCUAGGGAUUACAGUGGGUUUGACUCAAUUCAAAGCUUCUUUUAUUCUCGUAAGAAUUUCAUGAAGCCUUCUCACCAAGGGUACCCACACCGGAAUUUCCAGGAAGAAAUAGAGUUCCUUAAUGCAAUUUUCCCAAAUGGAGCAGCAUAUUGUAUGGGACGCAUGAAUUCUGACUGUUGGUACUUGUAUACUUUGGAUUUCCCAGAGAGUAGGGUUAUCAAUCAGCCAGAUCAAACCCUGGAAAUUCUGAUGAGUGAGCUUGACCCAGCAGUUAUGGACCAGUUCUACAUGAAAGAUGGUGUUACUGCAAAGGAUGUCACUCGUGAGAGUGGAAUUUGUGACCUGAUACCAGGUUCUGUCAUUGAUGCCACAAUGUUCAAUCCUUGUGGGUAUUCAAUGAAUGGGAUGAAAUCGGAUGGAACUUAUUGGACUAUUCACAUCACUCCAGAACCAGAAUUUUCUUAUGUUAGCUUUGAAACAAACUUAAGUCAGACCUCCUAUGAUGACCUGAUCAGGAAAGUUGUGGAAGUCUUCAAACCAGGAAAAUUUGUGACCACCCUGUUUGUAAAUCAGAGUUCUAAAUGUCGCACAGUGCUUUCCUCGCCCCAGAAGAUUGAAGGUUUUAAACGUCUUGAUUGCCAGAGCGCUUUGUUCAAUGAUUACAAUUUUGUUUUUACCAGUUUUGCUAAGAAGCAGCAACAACAGCAGAGUUGAUUAAGAAACAUGAAGAAAAAACGCAAAAAGAGAACACACAUAGAAGGUGGUGGUGGCUGCUUUUUAGAUAUUGAUACCAAGGGCCAUGCUUUCCAUAACCACCACCUUGUAGUUGCAGAAAGCCCUAGAUGUAAUGAUAGUGUAAUCAUUUUGAAUUGUAUGCAUUAUUAUAUCAAGGAGUUAGAUAUCUUGCAUGAAUGCUCUCUUCUGUGUUUAGGUAUCCUAUGCCACUCUUGCUGUGAAAUUGAAGUGCAUGUAGAAAAAACCUUUUACUAUAUGAAACUUUACAACACUUGUGAAAACAAUUCAAUUUGGUUUACACACAGUGUAAUAUUUCUCCAGGUGUCAUCCAAAAUUCCCCACAGACAAGGCUUUCGUCCUCAUUAGGUGUUGGCCUCAGCCUAGCCAUCUGGGACUGUUCUAUUAAUUGCUGCCAGGAUUUUACAUCCAGUUACCUCCACUUUCUAGAACCUAUUCUCUACUAAUGUUAUUGAAAACAAUUUCUACUUCAUACAGAUGUUUUUGCAACAGCAAUUAAAGUUUUUCUUCCACGAGUCGAGUCCUCUAAGAAAACAAUUGGAACUAUCCAUUCUGUGUAUUUAUAUUUUAACACUGCUUCCUGUACUUGUAUUACUUUGAUUCCUUCCGUUACCAUGGUGUCUCCCCUCCCAACCAUACCCCCUCAAUAAAGCAAUACACUGUUACACUGUGGGUUUUAUACUAAUCUAUACCCCAGAGGGGGAAGGUGGGGGUAGACCCUGGGCUUAAUUUUCUUUUAAGGUCAAGGGAGUUUGACAUUUUUCAUUACCAUGAGCUCUUUUGGAAUAAACUAUUGUUGAUUAGCAAAGAAGGUGUAUAUUGGUACAAGGGUAUAUUGGCAGAACUGUAUGGAAACUGUGCCAUUUGGUGUCCCCCAUUAAAUGAGAUGAGCUUCUCCUAAGUACCAUGUCUUUAUUAACUUGCUAAGUAAGUAGUACAAAAGAAUUUUUAUCACAGUUUAUUAGUGAGGAGAUUUAAGAUAAGGAUAUUGGUUUCAACAAAUCAAGUCAGCUCAGAUGAUUCGCUUUAACUUUUACUUUCAUAGCCAUUUCCACUAAUUUCUGUUAACGAUAUGCCAUAAAUUUUGGUUCAAAGCAGAUUCAGUGUCUUUGCCAUCUUGUGACUUAAAAGUUCCCGUGACUUUAUGAUACAUGUAAUAGUGUUCUGACUUGGUUCCUCUUGUUUGUUUGUGUUCCUUUCACCAUGGAAUAGCAUCAGGUGAUGAAUGAGAACUGCUAAGGUUAUUCAGACAUACUCAGUGCAGCAGAAUGCUAUCCACAAAAUGUUACACAAAAUUUCAAAGUGGUUGAUGGGAAAUGACCUAAAAAUACAGGCAUAAAAGAGUUGGCAUCUUUUAGCUGUAUUUGCUAACAUUCACAUUUAAGCAGUUGAUAAAAGAGCAAAGUUGACUCAAAUUUUCUAUUUAUUCUUGUCCUCAAACGAUUUUUGAUUCUUUCUGGAUUGAUGCAGUGAUGCUUUUGUUCCUUCCGUAUUUAUAAAGGAAACACUUUUUUUUAGUGUUUCUGAACCUAAAAUCUGCUUGGUUUGAAAUCAAGUGGUUGGAACACUUGGCUUUUAUUUUAAGCACAUUGUUGAUUCAAAGCUUCAUUGAAGAAGCUUUCAAUCAAUGGAUCAUUCUGAUUUUUUGUAAUUACGCACAGUACCUAAUGUUUUGGUGCUAUUAUGAGGACCAAUGCUCAAAGUGGAUUUUGUUCCUGAACAGUGUCCCAGUAGAUUUGAUGACAUUUAUUGGCUUGAGGUCUGAUUUUCCUCCCCCUAAUAGAUUUAAAAGAUUUCUAUUUCAUGUUGAAGACCUGCACAAAUUUUGUAUGGAACAAAGCCUAGAAAAAAAAAGAAAAAUAGAUUGAAUAGUAAUCUAAAUUAAUCCUAGUAUGUAUGAUAGAGGAGGGAAAACUUUGGUGCCAUAAUUUCUCUCUUCAUGGUGUUGGACUUGAAAUGUAUUUCUGUACCCACAAUGUAAGCUUCAAUAAAGGUUUGCUUAAUUGAUUGUCUAGUGACAUUCA